ACCAGUUGCGUCCUAACUACUCAAAAGGGAAGUCAAAGGUACAUCUUUUUUGGAAAAAGAAAUAAUCAACAUUCGGAGUCAUGAGGUUGCUAUUCGCGUUAUUCGUUUCGUUGCUGGCAACAUUGGCCUAUGCUAAAUCGGUUGGUGAAGAUUCCGACAGCCCCGCUACGAUGGUCAAGGAGGAGAAAAAUAAAGAACUCAAUGACAUCCUUAAGGACAAUGAAGGUGAUGAGAAUGACGAACAAGAAGACAAAGAAGAGAUGGAAGGAGAGAAGGAAGAGGAAGAAGAAAAAGAAGAAGAAGACGAGGAAGAAGGAGAAAAAGAAGACGAAGAAGAAGACGAAGAA